UCUUUCAAGUGACUUCACAUCUUUCGAUCUUCUGUGUUCUGUCUCAUCGCCACCAUGGACGAUCUCUCUCUAGAAAGAAUCGAGAUUCCAGGCCCAACACUAGCUUCCCUCAUUCAACGAGCGUCCUCCUCUCCCGGCGACGUCGACGGCUUGCUCUUCGGCCAAAUCCACCGAAUCGCCUCCACCACCUUAUCCGACGACUCUCCGGCGGAACCACCCCCCUCGAGCUCCUCCUCCUCAUCUGAUCAAAUCGUCGCCACAGUCACAAGCUUCAUCUCCUCCGGCAAAACCGUCUCCUUCUACGAUCCCCUCGGCCGAGUUGACUCGCGCCGGAUCGACUCUCUCCAACUCGGUUCACCUGACCGCCUCCUCGGCUGGUUCUCUGCCCGGAGAACCACCGCAAACCGCCCCUCCAUGCGCGAGCUCGCCGUCGCGUCUUCCCUCUCGUCUCGAUUUCAGUUACCGAUCGAGAACUCGGAAAGCCCUAACUCGAUGCCUUCCUCCGUGUUCAUCCUUCUCACCACGCCGUUGACGGAUCAGCUAAUCCACACGCACGAGUACCGCGCGUACCAGUUCCGCCCUUUAAACCGACGGUUAGAACCGAGAUCUCUCGGUAUAGUCAACAUCGGACCGGCUUUUCGCGGACAUUACGGUUCGUUUAAUCCGAAGUCGGGGUUCCCGCCGCUGCUGUGCGAGGUUAGCAGCUCGGCGAUGAUGAACGAGGACAGGGACGAAGGUUCUUUGAGCGGGAAGAAGCAAGCGGUGAAGGAUCAGAAGGAAGUUGAUGCGUUAGCUGAUGGGUUUGGAGUGGGGAGCUUGAAGCGUUUGGUUGGACCUGAAGCUGCGAGCUAUACAGGGGGUGUUGAGGAGAUGUAUGAGAGGAUGCUGGCGAAAGUCGAGAGCUUGGCUUCGGAGGUUGAGAAGAGCUCCGCUAAAGUACUUGAACUGGACAAUCAUAACCGGAAGUUGAGAUACCGAGUUGCCAGAAUCGAGCGGUGAAGCUUUUUUUUUUUUCUUGGGGUUCGUGUUUUUCUUUUCCCCCAGGUCUUUUUGAAGAGUCAGAAUUGUCAAAAGUAUGGAACUGUCCAUUAAAGGACAUGAUUAUAUCAUGUUAUGAGGCGUAAUCCAGUAGUCCAGAACAUGGAAGAUGAUGAUGACUUGAGCUUAACUUUCUCAAGUUCUCUGCUGUAUGUAUUUUGGUGUAUCAUCAAGUUUUUUGUUGAUUUUUCCUAUUCAGAGAGUUUCUUUGAUGCCUCUUACAAUUCCUCAGUUGCUUCUGGACUGGAAAUGAAAUGGCUUUGUGCUUAUAGUUUAAACUUUCAUUAUUUUA